CUUAAUUUCAAAAAUCCGUCACAAGUUUGCCGAAUUUGUUUAUCUUUUCUUUUUCAAAAGUAUUUUUUUGAUAUAAAAUGUUAUGUAUUAAAAUCCUAUGUUCAACAACCACUAGUCUACGAGUAUCAAUCCCUUAAGUGUCUGAAUAAAAUGAUGAUCCACAACCAAGUAGUUUUAUCAAAAGUUAGCGUAUUUUGGUGUUUAUUAUUUUUGGGUGAAAUUGAAGGGAAAAAUUGCAAUUUCAAUGUACAAAUCGAACAGAAAUUACUCAACGAAGGCUUUCACAGGAACCUAAGCAUCAACAUAGACUUUGCAAGUGACAGUGAAGAGGAAAGGUGGUUGUAUGAAGACUGCAUGGUGGGGAUUGAGCAGACCCUACCAGCUGGGGUGUAUGCCAGUCUUGAUGACAUUAAUGAUAAUGGCUGCAAGAGUUUGAUACACGCAAUAUUCAAAACACCAGUCAACAUAGAGCUACCAGCCCAAAAGUCUGAGCCGCUCAUCAUACAUUUGUUAAGUAAAGUAAGGGACUAUAGAACGCAUGUUUACAUACCCGUGCAUGCAAGGUACCACCAUGCAACCACUGGUGGAGGAUUAGUCAGAAAUGAGAUACCAGUACCAAAGCUGUAUCUCCUGUGCCCCGACAAGAAGUUGAACCAAUGCGAUGACCUGUACUUGGAAGUGACACGUGACAACAACUUUUGUGCUGAAGGUGUCUCCAAAGAAAUAUGCUCAUGGAAAGAAAUACCUACCAUUAUGGUCACAGCGCCUAUAACCUGGGACGUGCCAAUCGGCAACACGGACCACUACCCCACAGUGGCGGCGGGCACUGCCAUAGUCAUCAUAGCGGGCUCAUUGUACCUUUUAAACGCUAUACACCAGUACAAGACACAACUGCACAGAAAUAAAAAGAAGUUAUGAAAAUA